AUUCAAACCGGAGGAUCUACUCGGAAGCAUGAUAAAUCAAUUCUUCGAGGAAAAGAAAGAUCCAUCUCCUCAAGGAGUAGAUGUGAUGACACAGGUCGGGCUAAUCAAAGUGUUACGAAGGUACUUGCACAACAAAAGAAAGAAAUGAAGACAGGUCAAUGGAAGAGGUUGCUGAAGGUUACCUUAAUUCGCUCAUCACUAGAAAUCUCAUUCAAGUGGCAGAACGGAAAUCUCAUGGGAAAGUGAUCACUUGUCGCAUCCAUGAUCUUGUGCGAGAAUUCAUUUUUUCAAAAUCCAGGGGAGGAGCAUUUCUUUUCAUCUUCUGUUGAGCAUAACAUGGCGCUUUGUAACAAAAUCCGACGUCUGUCCAUUUAUAAUGGUGGUGUGAAUUUUCAGAAAUAUAAGGAAUUCUCUCGUCUUCGAUCUUUGUUCAUUUUCAGUGUGGAUGGACUAUCUAACUACCCUACAAUCACAUCAUUUUCCAGCUUAAGGUUGUUGAAGGUGGUCCAUCUUGAAAAUGCAUCGAUUGAAAUCCUUCCUGAUGAUCUAACAAGCUUGUUGCAUUUGAGAUACCUAAGCUUGGAGAAUACAAAGAUUGAGAAACUUCCAAGUUCAUUGGGGAAGCUAAAGAACUUAAAAACAUUGAAUCUGAAGGGAACCUUUAUACGUGAAUUGCCUGUUGAGAUUCUCAAGCUUGAGCACCUCUGCCACAUCAUGGUUUAUCGUUGUAGUAGAGAAGGGUUUUAUUUGCCAUUUAAUGAUGUGGAUGGAAUUAAGGUGCCUGCUGGAAUGGGAAUUCUAAGAUCCCUGGAAAACCUGGCACAUAUAGAGGGAGAUAGCGGCAUCAUUAGAGAGCUGGGGAAUCUCAGCCAACUAAGGAGGUUAGGCAUUGUCAAGCUAAGAAAGGAAAAAGGGGCUGAUUUGUGCACUUCUGUUGAGAAGAUGAACCACCUUUGCUCCUUUGAUGUGACAUCAAUGAAUGAGGAGGAGGUUCUUGACCUGCAUUCUAUAUCGCAUCCUCCACUGCCUCUUCAACGUCUGUACUUGGCAGGGCAUUUAGAGAAGUUACCCAAAUGGAUUGCCUCGCUUCAUAAUCUGGUGGUGGUUCGCCUGUUUUGGUCUAGAUUGAGGGAUGACCCACUCAAAGCCUUUCAAUCACUGGCCAAUUUGGCAGAGCUCUUACUACGGUGAGCUUAUGAUGGAGAAGAGUUAUGUUGUGAGGGAAUAGGAUAUCCAAGACUCAAAGCGACUAUUACUCUUUGAGUUGAAUGGAUUGAAGCAGGUGAAGGUGAAGAAGGGAGCAAUGUCUAACCUUGAAGAGCUACAUAUUAGACGUUGUGAAGAAUUAUUGGAGGUGCCAUUGGAGCUGAGACACCUCACUAACCUCAAACAACUCUACCUUUGGGAUAUGUCCCAGGCUUUCUUGAAGGGGCUAAGAAAGGAUGGAGUUGAAGAGUUGGUGGAUUCCAUUCAUCACAUUCCACUAAUCCGAUAUAUAGACACUCAAGAACGGACUUAUCACGACUUCUCAUGAUUCUGGAGAAAGCACACCUAAAAGGUUAAAGCAGUUGUCAGGUGAAUUUGGGUGCUCACGGUUGAUGAUCUUCGUAAGAGGAGAUUGAUCCUGCCAAAUGUCUGUUUGUUGUGCUUGCAAGAUGUGGAAUCAAUUGAUUUCUUCAGGUGUUUGGUCUGGGGCCCUUGGCUUCGCAAAUGUUUCCCGGGUCAUGCCUUCCUCCAUGGAAGGCCUU